AUGUUAUGUAAAAGUGUAUUGUAUUCCGUUCGAAAGAGUCGACCACCUCGUCAACUUCACCAUCUAGCAAAAGCACCUUUACCUGGGGAACCAGCGAAACCGUACACACUUACAGAAAUUCCAGGACCAAGAUCAGAAACUCUUCUGAAUGAAUUUUCUAAAAUUCAGCAAGUAGGCUCCAUUCAAUAUUUUGCAGACUAUCAAAGAUCCGUUGGAAAUUAUUUAGCAGACAUUGAUGGAAACGUUUUCUUAGAUAUGUUUAUGCAAAUUUCUACUCUUCCUCUUGGAUACAAUCAUCGCUCUAUCCUUGGUGCAUUGUCGUGUGUAGGAAAUCAACGAAUAAUGGCAAAUAGACCAGCAUUGGGAUUGUUCCCUGGUUUAGAGUGGCCAUGCAAACUUCAAGAUACGUUACUUCAACCAUGUGUAGCUCCAAAAGGAUUACCAUGUGUUUUUACAACUUCAUGCGGUGCAUGUUCAAACGAGCAUGCUAUACAAGCUGCCUUUAUAAAAUAUGCAGAAAGACGUCGUCGAGGCGGAAGCUUUACAAAUGAGGAAAAGAAAAGUGCACCCUUUAAUAAACCACCUGGUUGCCCUGAGUUGUCUAUACUUUCUUUCGAAGGUAUUUUUAUCGUUAUAAGCGCCUCGACACUGAUUAAAUUGAUCAAAUGUGUAAAAUUAGGUGGAUGUCAUGGCAGAACAUUUGCUGCAUUGGCACUAACACAUUGCAAGUAUAUAAUGAAAGUUGACAUACCUUCUCUUCCAUGGCCGAUUGCACCUUUUCCACAAUAUUUGUACCCCUUAGACCAACACGAAGAACAAAAUAAAAAAGAAGAUGCACGGUGUUUAGAACAAGUAAAUAUGAUACAUGCAUGCUUUAAACAAUGCUAUCGUUAUAAGCUCAAAAGUCUAUACCAGAAUUGUUAUUGUAAGGUAGAAGAUUUAUUAGAAAAAUCUGAGAAAACAGCUCCAGUGGCUGGUAUUAUAGUUGAAGCAAUACAAUGUGAGGGAGGAGAUAGACAUGCUUCGCCAGAUUUCUUUCACUCUUUACAAGGCCUUGCUAAAAAGAGAUCUAUUCCCUUAAUAAUUGAUGAGAUACAAACAGGAGGUGGUGCAUCCGGACGAAUAUGGGCACACGAAUAUUUUGAAUUAAAUACUCCCCCUGACAUUGUUACAUUUAGCCACAAAAUGCAAGCAAGUGGUUUCUAUCACUCCUCUGAAUACAUGCCUAUGCGUCCAUAUAGAAUUUUUAACACUUGGAUGGGUGAUCCAAGUAAAAUAAUACUCUUGGAAGCAGUAUUGCAAACUAUUGAAGCAGAAGAUCUGUUAACUCAUGUUUGUCAUGUCAGCAAUUACUUGCUUUGUCAACUAAACACGUUACAGCAUGAAUUUCCACAAGUAAUAAAUUCUGUGCGAGGUAGAGGAUUCAUCAUGGCAUUUGAUAUGGGAUGCAAAGAUAUGAGGAACAAGCUAUUACAUCAAAUACGUUGCAAAGGUAUUCAAGUGGGAGACAGCGGGACAAAAUCAAUUCAAUUGAGACCAUGUUUAAUAUUUGGGGAAUACCAUGCAGAUAUCUUUUUGGAAAAUCUUCGUGCUUGCUUAAAGGAACUCACAGAAAGUUGAUACGUUUAUAAACGAUAUUUUACUUUGUU